AUGGUUAAACUGUACGAGCGUUUCGAACAGGACAACGUCUUCGGCGUCAUUGCCGGGCUGUCGAACGUGGUGUGGCUCCCCCACACCAACCUGACUGGGCGGGCGCUUGUCGGAGCCCUUGAGGCGGUGUGUGUGUGGGAUAUCAAAACGGGCCAACUCCUCAGUCGGAUGGUCGAUGGCCUCGUUCCCGGCGCCCUGAACGCCCCUACCACUAACCCUCCCCCCGUGGUUACCCGUGUGUGCUACUAUGAAACCACUAAUCUCGCUGGUGUUGGCUAUAACGACGGUUCUAUUAAAGUAUGGGAUUUGACGUCACAACUGGUGGUGGUGUCUUUCAACGGCCACCGCCUGGCGAUCACGCAACUCCAGUUUGAUAGUUCGGGUACCAGACUUGUUUCAGGGUCGGCUGAUACCUCGGUGAUCGUGUGGGACCUUGUUGGUGAAGAAGGGUUAUUCCGAUUGAAAGGACACAAAGGCCCGAUCACCGGUUUGCUGCUUGUUGGCGACGAAGAUGACUAUUUGAUCACGUGUUCAAAGGAUGGGAUGGUCAAAUUAUGGGAAAUGGCAUCGCAACAGUGUCUUGAGACUCAUUUGGGCCAUGCUAAUGAGUGCUGGCUGUUAGCCGUCCACCACGACUUGGUGAUCACUCUGGGUAAAGAGAAUAAGGCGUGGAAGCUUGAUGUCACUGCUGAAGAACAUAAACUUAGCGAGAGAGGCGUGUUCCCGAAACAACUGUCGCUGAGAACUAACCAUGUCGAAUUUAACGGACUGCGGUUUAUGAUUCAAAACGCCGAUAAAUCGAUCGAAAUCAUGAGACUUCGAGGCGACGACGAGAUUAAAAAGGGGGUGGCUAAACGUACUAAGCGUUUGAAAGAAAAGGGGUACACUGACGACGAGAUUGCUGCCUCGUUACAGGAGCUGGAGAUGCUGAUUCUCAUCACUGACGUCACUAUUAUCAGAGGUACCGGCAAGUAUAAGCUGGCGACGUUCCUGCCUCUGGGAGCCGUGGUCGCUAACGCUGCCAAUGCCUUAGAAUUCUGGAAGGUCCCCUCUGGAAAGAAGGAUAUUGUUGCCACUAAACUCCACACCGUCGACUUACCGGGUCACCGCACCGAUGUCAGAGCUAUGGACAUGCUGAGCGACGCCAAGCUUGUGGUGACUGCCUCUACUGGUGAAUUGAAGGUGUGGAAUAUGGGUACUUCGAAAGUCAUCCGCAGUUUCGUCACUCAGGGUGCCGGUCUCUGUUGUAAGUUUUUACCCGGUAACACUUUAGUUGCCAUUGGCUACAAAAAUGGUAUUUUGGAACUCUUUGACUUGGCCCUGCUGCGAGUGGUUGACAGCGUUCAAGGCCACGGUACUUCUGCUGAACCGGCGGCGGUGUGGCUGAUGGAUUUGACUGCUGAUGGUCAGACCUUGGUCACUGGCGGGAACGAUAAGCUGGUGAAGUUUUGGAAAUUCAAAGUGGGUGAAGACUACGACGGUCAAACCCUGCUUAAAUUCAAACACCACCAGACUUUAGAAGUGGGCGAAGACGUGUUGGCGGUGAAAGUGAGUCCCGACCAGCGGCUCUUGGCGGUGUCGUUGCUCAACAAUAACAUCCAGGUGGUGUUUUUCGACACGUUGAAGUUGUUCUUGACGCUUUACGGGCACAAGCUCCCCGUACUUGCCCUUGAUAUCUCGGCUGAUCUGAAACUCUUAGUGCUGUCAUCAGCUGACAAAAACGUCAAGCUUUGGGGUUUAGACUUUGGUGAUUGUCACAAGCUGAUUUUCGCUCACCAGGACUCGGUGAUGCAAGUGCGUUUCUUGGGCGAUACCCACCACUUCUUCUCCAGUGGUAAGGACGGUUUGGUGAAGUACUGGGACGGGGACAAGUUCGAGUGUAUCCAGAAGCUUGCCGCUCACCAGCUGGAAGUAUGGUGCUUGGCUGCUGGUCCUGAAGGCGACGUGGUGGUGCUGGCGUCGCACGACCACUCUGUCAGAGUAUGGCGUCUGUUUGGUGACCAAGUUUUCAUUGAGGAAGAAAAGGAGAAGGAGAUGGAUGAGCUCUACGAGCUGGAGUUGUUGGAAGACCCUCACGCUGACCCUAACAAGGAUGAAGAUGACGACGAAGAUAAGGCGGAAAGAGUACAGAAGCAAACUAUGGAGCUGUUAAAGGCAGGGGAGCGAGUGAUGGAAGCAUUGGACAUUGGCUACGACUACGUGGUUGCCAAAGAGAAGGGUGAAAACUACGUUAACGCCAUUCUCCAACACAUGAAGCAAACGGGGCCCGAACAUGUGUUGCUGGUGGUGCGCAAGGUGAGCCCCGCCCAGCUCGACGACGCCCUCUUGGUGUUGCCGUUCCUGUACACGUUGAAGCUCCUCAGAAUGAUAGAGGAAUGGACCAAACCUGAGCUGGCACAGCUGCUCGCCGACAUGCAAUUGGUUUGUAAGGUACUCUUCUUCGUUGUGCGGUCAAACGCUCGAGAAUUGAUCCAACAGAAGGACGCUAAGCUCCGUCAGCAGUUGGCGAACGUCAAGGACCAGAUCAGACUGCGAUUGGGCGCGGUGGCCGACCAGGUGGGCACCAACACCGCGGCGAUGCGGUUUGUCCAGCAGCAGUGGAAGCUCGAGCACGAGCUGGGCUUUGGCGACGACGACGCUCCGGCCAAGGGGAAGAAGCGGGUGUUCACCACCGUGGCAUAG